UAUAAACCUCACCCCGUCUCAGACAGGGAAGCAGAAUCCACCAUGAUGAACCCGGCCGUGGUCGCGCUGCUCGUGGGGCUCAGUCUGUGCGCUGCGGUCGCGCAGGUUCCAGGCUGUAAAGUAAAACGUGGACGAUGCCCACCGAUGCUGGCGAAAUGCGCUCUCCCUCUCUCUGAACCCGAGUGUCAGGAUGACUGUAUAUGUCUCGGGGAGAAGAAAUGCUGUGAGCUGUGCGGCAUGAAGUGCUUGGAUCCAAUAGAAGAAAAGGAUGGCAGCUGCCCGCCACCUGCAGCCCUCUGCUCUAAUGUUCCAUCCACGGAGAAAUGCGCCAAGGAUGCCGACUGCCCCGGGCGUCAGAAGUGCUGCAUCCGUCUGUGUGACUACGACUGCACUGAUGUCUAAUGAUGUGGGAGUUUUCGGGGACGGCGCUCGGUUUUAUUCUUCUGGAUGAUUCCCCCGGAAGGAUGUUGGGGAAUGAAAGGCCUCGGUGCCA